AUGAACAAGUUGGGUCUCGUCUUCUAUAUAGCCGCCAUCGCACAAACAACCGACGCAGCUGCUAAUAAAAUUUCUGAAAGCGAUUUAAAAGCUUUCGUGGGUCAUGUCUUGAAAUGUUAUAACAUAUCUGGGCUAUCCUUAGCCAUGGUGACCAAAUCACAGACCAUUUUUACCGGCGGAUUCGGUGUGAAAACGUUCGAAAAAGGCGAUCUGGUGACAUCAAAAACUCUCUUUAAUGUCGGAUCCGUGUCAAAGUCCUUCACCGCGACUAUAGCUGCCGACGCCGUUUCUCGGGGGAAGAUAGAAUGGGAUAAACCGUUAAAGGACACGUUUGGUAAAGAUUUCCAACUUUCCGAUAGUUUUCGGACGGAGAGAGCUAGUUUGAGAGAUGUACUUGCCCACAAGAUGUGUGUUCCUGAAUAUUGGGGUGCCACCACGAUCGCGGAGAACAUAACACGACAGGAAAUGAUCAAACGGUUACCAUUCUAUACGACGUUCUGUGAUCUACGAACCGAAUACCAAUACAGUAAUCAGAUGGUUGUAGCCGGAGCCGCAGCAGUAGAAAUAGCAACAUGUCAAUACUGGGAGGACGCCAUCUUUCAGAAAAUUUACAAACCGCUAGGAAUGAACGGUUCUCGCAUCGGUUCCAGGAUGUCAGAUGGGGAUUGGGCGAACACUGCUAUAUCUUACACAAAUUUCAAUGGUAAACCAGUUCCAAAUCCUGAACAACAACAAUCAAUAAUCUUAGAUUAUAUGGGUCCAGCUGCGGGUGUUUAUAGUAAUGCCGAGGAUAUGGCCAAAUAUCUUCGUUUCCAUUUAAAUAACGGAAAGGAUGAAAAUGGAAAACAAGUGAUUGCAGAAAAGGAAUUGGGAGAUACUCACAGGUCUAAUUAUGCUAUUCAACAAACUGAUCAAGUCACUACAAAUAUAUUCCCAGUCAUGAGUACUAUUGAUGCAUAUGGUAUGGGAUGGCGAACCGGAUAUUAUAGAGGUUACAGAAAAGUAGAACACACAGGAUCGUUUAGUGGUUAUACGUGUAGGAAUACAUUUUUACCGGAUGUAGAUGUUGGUGUAUGGUUAUGUGAAGCUAGUAGUUAUGAUGGUUAUACGGCCAAUCAACUUGUGUCCUGGUAUACACUCGACAUGCUUCUAGGUGAACAACCAUGGUUGAAACCAAUAGACUAUCCUGCCGGACAUUGA